AUGUUUCUAAGUGCCCUUCCUCGAACUACACUGCGAACCUCCAGAAAUGGGUUACUUUUAAGCAGAUCUUUGUCUGUCACAACUUCCUCUUGGCAACAAGCUGAAGGAGCUAACAAAAAAUCCAAACCGGCAGACUUUAACCCGAGACAUCUGGGUAUCUCUUCAGAGCUGUACAUUCCUCCGUCAUAUAAGAAUCUACCAAAUUUUUUUCGUCAUCCAGUCGUCUUCAGCAAUGCUCUAAUCAGGCGCAUAUACACGUUCGGUCUCAAUACGGUACAAGUUGCAUUGUUCAGAUACCAAUCGGGCUUCAAGCCUAAUUUCCUUCUUUGGAAAAACAGAGCCAUUGAAAGUUAUGUUCAGGUUAAUAAAGCGUUUGCCGCGAGAAAUCUGGCAUCGGUCAAGCCCCAUAUUUCCUUGUGGGUCGAGGAAUCUUUAAGUUCAAGAGCCAAACAAAUUCCAAAAACUAUAGACCUUGACUGGCAACUACUCAAAUUUCAUAAGGUUCCCAAGCUCACCUCAGUGCAAGUUAUGAUGAUUCCUGGUCGUCCAUUGGAGCAUAUUCAGCUCAUCUAUAAGUUUGAGACAAAACAGAGACUCAUCAAGCUCAACAAACGCACGCAUGAGACUGAAAAUCUGGACCGGGAUGUUACAGAUUAUGUAGCUUUUCUGUGUGACGCUUCUACUGAUGAGCUCAUUCUAAUUGGUUCAGUUUUCGAGAGUCAUCCUCAGGCUAAACUUCCAAAAAAUUACGAAGAUAACAUGCAGACAGCAAUCCAAAGAAUGAAAACUUGUGGUGAUCUUUACCGUGUAGACGUUAAAGACAAAUAG